AGCUCCCAGCAUGCCUUGCUGCGCGCCCCACGGAGGCUCCCGAGAGGCCAAGUUCCGGUGGGGUGCGCUGGCUUCCGUCCCCCUGCAGGUGCGGAAGUGGUUGUCUUGGUUACGAAUCCUAACGGUCCCCAGUCCUGAGAUCCUUUGCUGAGGGGCUACAACCCGAGUGACUGACCGGAGGCGCCUCUGCACCUGCGAAGUGUCUGCGGUGUGGCUGGCCCAGCCCUGGGUGUGGAGUACUUGAAGCUUUGGAGGUAGCCUGCGGCCCUACGUCUCCCUUCCUUUCCCGCACGAGGCAAGGAAUCCGAAGCUUCCAAGUUUGGGGCUUAAUCAUCACGCCUGCCGUGCGGACCGCCGGUGCCAGUCUCUGAUCUUUGUAAUCCAGGAGAGCAUUUGUCUUUGAUUUCACUUUUCCCUACCCUCUUCUCUUUAAAAAGGAACGAGGCCGGUCUUACUGUAGUUUUUCAUGUUUCCCGCUUCAUACAUCUCUUUCCUGAUCCUUCAGUUAAGACAUCCUGAAAUGUACAAUACCAUAAAAAUUGUUAUUAUACUGUGAAGAAAUAAAGCAAGGAAGUCACUCAGAUUCUUGCGAAAGGAAGAUUGAAAGAGAAUUAGAGAAGAAAACUGACCCAUAAUUAAAAAAAAUGUCUCGAAAAAUUUCUAAGGAGUCAAAAAAAGUGAAUAUUUCUAGUUCUCUGGAGUCUGAAGACAUUAGUUUAGAAACAACAGUUCCUACAGAUGAUAUUUCCUCAUCAGAAGAGCAAGAGGGUAAAAUCAAAAUUACCAGGCAGCUAAUUGAACGAAAAGAACUGCUUCAUAAUAUUCAGUUGCUGAAAAUAGAGCUGUCCCAGAAAAACAUGAUGAUCGACAAUUUGAAAGUGGAUUAUCUUACAAAGAUUGAAGAAUUGGAAGAAAAACUUAAUGAUGCACUUCACCAGAAGCAGCUACUAACAUUGAGAUUAGAUAGCCAAUUAACUUUUCAGCAGAAGGAUGCCAGAAAAUAUCAAGAACUAAUGAAACAAGAAAUGGAAACCAUUUUAGUGAGACAGAAACAGCUAGAAGAGACAAAUAUUCAGCUACGAGAGAAAGCUGGAGAUAUUCGUCGAAACCUGCGUGACAUUGAAUUAACAGAUGAGCAGUAUAUGAAGCUAAAAGCUUUUCCUGAAGAUCAGCUUUCUAUUCCGGAAUAUGUAUCUAUUCGGUUCUAUGAGCUAGUGACUCCAUUAAGAAAGGAAAUAUGUGAACUACAAAUGAAAAAGAAUGAUCUGUCAGAAGAAUUAAGUACAAACAAAAGCCAACUGAAGCAGCUUACAGAGACAUAUGAGGAAGAUCGAAGAAACUAUUCUGAAUUGCAAGUUAGAUGUCAGCGUUUGGCCUUAGAAUUAGCAGACACAAAACAGUUAAUUCAGCAGGGUGACUAUCGCCAAGAGAACUAUGAUAAGGUCAAGAGUGAACGUGAUGCACUUGAACAGGAAGUCAGUGAGAUUAGGAGAAAACAUGAAAUACUUGAAGCUUCUCACAUAACUCAAGCUAAAGAAAGAAGUGAAUUAUCCAAAGAGGUAGUCACCUUACGGCAGACGGUUACUUUACUGCAAAAGGAUAAAGAGUAUCUCAGUCGCCAGAACAUGGAACUUAGUGUCCGCUGUGCCCAUGAAGAAGAUCGCCUGGAAAGACUUCAGACUCAACUGGAAGAAACUAAAAAGGCCAGAGAAGAGAUGUAUGAAAAAUACGUAACAUCCAGAGACCAUUAUAAAGCAGAAUAUGAAAAUAAACUACAUGAUGAACUAGAACAAAUCAAAUUGAAAACUAAUCAAGAAAUUGAUCAACUUCGAAGUGCCUCUAGGGAAAUGUAUGAACGAGAAAACAGAAAUCUCCGAGAAGCAAGGGAUAAUGCUGUGGCUGAAAAAGACAGAGCAGUGAUGGCUGAAAAGGAUGCUUUAGAAAAACAUGACCAGCUCUUGGACAGGUACCGAGAACUACAACUUAGUACAGAAAGCAAAGUCACAGAAUUUUUCCAUCAAAGUAAAUUAAAGUCUUUUGAAAGUGAACGCAUGCAGCUUCUACAGGAGGAAACUGCAAGAAAUCUCACACAGUGUCAAUUGGAAUGUGAAAAAUAUCAGAAAAAACUGGAGGUUUUAACUAAAGAAUUUUACAGUCUCCAAGCAUGUUCUGAAAAACGCAUUACUGAACUUCAGGCACAGAACUCUGAGCAUCAGGCAAGACUAGACAUUUAUGAGAAAUUGGAAAAAGAGCUUGAUGAAAUAAUAAUGCAAACUGCAGAAAUUAACAGGGAGAAGAGUCGUGACGGGACUUUCCAGAGUGUUCAACAUGUUCUGUAUAUCAUGACUUAUGUUACAUUUGAAAAUGAAGAUGAAGCUGAAAGGGUUCUUUUUUCCUACGGCUAUGGUGCUAAUGUUCCCACAACAGCCAAAAGACGACUAAAGCAGAGUGUCCACUUGGCAAGAAGAGUACUUCAGUUAGAAAAACAGAACUCGUUGAUUUUAAAAGACCUGGAACAUCAAAAGGACCAAGUAACACAGCUUUCACAAGAGCUUAACAGGGCCAAUUCGCUGUUAAACCAGACUCAGCAACCUUACAGAUAUCUCAUUGAAUCAGUGCGUCAGAGAGAUUCGAAGAUUGAUUCACUGACGAAGUGUAUAGCUGAUCUUGAGAAAGAUGUAGGUAAUCUAAAUAAAGAAAAGUCAGCUUUACUACAGAUGAAGAAUCAAAUGGCAUUAGAUUUAGAACAACUUCUAAAUCACCGUGAGGAAUUGGCAGCGAUGAAGCAGAUUCUCAUUAAUAUGCGUAGUAAACAUGCUCAGAACAGCUUACUUCUGACGAAAGCAGAAUCAAAACCUGCAACAGAAAAUCAGAAAUCACAGGCCUUGAAUGUGCCCAGAGAACAUGAAGACAAUAUAUUUAUACCCAAGCCAACACUUUUUGCAGAGUGGACAGUGAGAGAGAGAGAGAGAGAGAAAGGUCUUCCUUUGCCAUUGGUUCACCCUCCAGUGGCCGCCACAACCGGCGCACCAUGCUGAUCCGAUGGCAGGAGCCAGACCAAAAAAGAAGCACCUGAGUGGUCUAAGAAGCAAAAGAUGAAAACCUAAUAGUUUGGCUGCAAUGUACAUGCUGCUCUAUUACUCCUGAAGUCCUCUUCCUCAUGGAAGAAAAAGCUCAUUGUAAUCAUGUGGUUGGCAUUAAGUAGCUAAUUUAAUAUUCAUUUUAACUACUGUUUAAUUAACCGAGCUCAGCAUAAUCAAAAUGUAUAAAGUACAAACAAUAAUAUACUUCAUAGUUGGUUUUGUCUAUUUUGUUACAAAAUAAAUUUCAUAUACUCUGAUUUACA